AUGGAUUUUGAGGAGUUUGAAGUUGAUAUCGAGCGAGCCAUCGAACAGGCACCAAUCAAUGCACCAUCAUGCACUGCUACCGAGGCUUUAAACUGGAUUGACUCAACUUGGUAUGCGCCUGCAAGUAGGAGUGCACGGUGGAUGGACCUGAUUGGUGACUAUGCGGGCGACGAACCCUUUGUUAUUGAUGGACAUUCCCUACUACAAGUUGUGCUUGAUGAUCCUCUGCUCGCACUGGCGAAGGAUGACGACCCGUCAUUCCAAAUCAUCCAUGCGAUCUAUUCUCUAGAACGCAUCCUCAACGAAUUUCAAAAACGCUCUGCCAACUUCGACAUUAACUAUUUUAGCACUAUUUUAGCAAACCGACACCUUGUACUACGAGCGGGCGAGUCGGAGUUUACUGUCGCAUCUCGAGCGCUUUCCACGAGACUGCUAUAUAAGCACCUUCAGUCGCUGGACUCAGUGAAUACGCUCGUCUUCGAAAGUCUCUCCGACAAAGACUGGGUUGAUUAUCAUGUUCAAGCAAAGCCAAUGUUUGUUGUGAUCAACGACGGCGGUCCACUGGAGGAAGGAGUCGGUGGACCAUUAGCCGCCCAUCGAAUACUCGCCCAACGAUUGUUUAUCUUCGAUUUGCUGGCUAGCGGCUUGGCAAUGGCGCCUCUUCAAGGUGCCGACUUCAAGGACACCAAGAUCUUGUCGUUCGUUUUUGAAUCAAAACUUCGUUUAAGCAGUCGAGGGAGUUUUCCCAAUGCUAUUCUAUCCGCGGGUGUCACUGCCAAGGACGUUCUUGCUAGUCAAGAACACGAACUUUGA